CCUGCCCAUCAUUAAUAAAUAGUAAACAACGCAACGUUGAACCAGGGAGUUGAACACAAACCGGGUGCUACAGAGGAACCUGAAUUCCACGCGGAAGUAAAAUAGGAAAACAACUUUUCAGUAAAGAAGGGAGAUAGUGCGCCAUCUUUUAAAGUAUAGAAUCUACUAUUAAAAAUACAUGACAUGUAUUAAGAAAUCUGGUUUUCGCUCACAAGUAAGAAGUUGAAGAACUCGGAGCCAAGAUUAAUUCUCUGCACCAUGGAGUUCGGGAGCAAAUUUGUUUACCUUGGAAAUGAUGUUGAAGAUGAAGAGGAGGUGAAAGUUUCAGAGGUGAACGAUGUCGUCCUGUCCGACAGCGACGAUUGUUCGGAUGACGAUGGAGAGACUUGUUUACUUGACAUUUUGGAUACUGCUGGUCAAGAAGAAUACUCAUCAAUGAAAGAUCUUUAUGUGUCAACUGCAAAUGGAUUUGCUAUUAUCUACAGCAUUGUGGACAAAAGUAGCUUUGUUGAGGCAGAGGCAGUUUUCAACUGGUUGAAACGAUUAAAAAAUGCAGAUGAUGUGUUCGCUAUAUUGGUGGCCAACAAACAAGAUUUGGUUGGUUCAGCUGAAGUACAAGUCACAACAGAACAAGGAAGGGAGUUGUCCACAAAACUUGGUAUUCCAUUUUAUGAAACUUCAGCGCUCACAGGCACUGGGGUGAAUGAGGCUUUUUCUGGUCUUGUAAAGAUCAUUCCAAGAUCAAGCAGUGAUUACAAGGUUGUCAUGCUUGGAUCUGGUGCUGUGGGCAAAUCUAGCAUCACCAUCCGGUUCGUUAACAACACAUUUGUCGAUGACUAUGACCCUACAAUUGAGGACUCGUAUCGCAAGAUGAUCUCCGUGAAAGGUCUCACUCCCCUGACGAAGGACCAAAAGAAAGCUCUGAAGUCCAAGAAAAAGGGGAAGAAAACAACUGGUAGUGCAGGUGAUGUCCAGCUGACAAGUGCAGGAUUAGAUGGGUCCACAAAACCUCUGGGAAGAAGCAAAAGUGGCGGGAUGCUCAGCAAUUUUCAUCAGGGCAUGAGCAGACUUUUUAGACUUGGUUCUUCAAAUCUGCGAAGAGCUGCCCGAGCGCGCCCUCUACCCUCACCUCUUCCCCCACGGACUUAUCGUGCCGCUUCAGCUCCUACAAAGAAAGUAAUGCAACAGAAAACAGAUGCCAAUGUCGUUCUCAUCCCCUUUGGAAAUUUGGAGGAAGAGCCAAAACUGGUCACGGGGGACCCAAUUAGAUGUGGGAAAUGCAGGGCCGUCCUCACCAGCACUGGUAAACUGGAAUCUGAUGGUGACACAAGUAUCUGGAUAUGUGAGUUCUGUGGGGAGAUAAAUCGUAACCUUGACAUAUCUGAUGAUGAGAUCCCCAAAGGAGAACAGUUUGACUUCAUGCUGUCACCACCUACCAAGCCAAAAGAGGAAGAGAAAGAAGAAGCUGCUUCUGCUACCCCAGUAGAAAAGAAAACUACCCCUGGUGUAGUUGUUUACUGCAUGGACAUCAGCUCAUCAAUGCAGGCUCUGUGUGCACUUCCCCAAUCUCAGGUGGCAUGGCGUGAGGAGAGGACGCGUGGUGCAGAGACAAUCUCCAGAGUGACCCGGCUGGACUGUAUUCGCAAGGCUGUAGAAAGACUGGCUGAAGAGUUGAAAUUGGAACAACCUGAAAAACAGGUGUUGCUGACUGUGUUCAGCUCGCACGUCAGAGUGCUGGCUGGUGGAAGCACAGAUAACAUACCUUUCUUGGGCCCUGUGGAUAACAAGACAUUUGAGCAGUUGUUGGAAAUGGGUUUAAAUCUUGCAAAUGACUACCCUUUGAAACCGCUCUCAGAGUCUCAUGCGUCAAUUGAUGCAGCUGUUAAAGCCCUGUACACCACAGGCUGCACUGCCCUGGGCCCAGCUUUAUCAAUCUGUGCAGGUUUUGUCAGCAAAAUUCCAGGCUCUGAGAUUGUGCUGUGUACAGAUGGGGAGCCUAAUGUUGGAGUCGGUUCACUGAAUCGUAGUCAAAAUCAAGAUGGGGUAGAAUUCUACCAGAUGGUUGGCAAUUAUGCUCGCUCAAAGAACACUACCAUCAACAUCUUGACCAUGGAGGGAGCCUCUGUUGGCCUUCAGACAGUUAAGACUGCAGCGGAUGCAUCUGGUGGCACCACCAAUCAACUCAAUCCCAUGGAGAUUGUUCGACAGCUCCGUUUGAUUGCACAGAAUGAAGUUGUGGCAACAUCUGUUACUGUGCUCUUUUUCUUGCAUCCCGAUUUUGUCUUUGAUGAACCAGGCUUUCCAGAUAAUCUCAGCCAACUGGAGAAGGAAGUUGGAUCUGUGCGAAAGGAAAGUGACUUGUCCUUCAGAUUUAAAUUGAAAGACCCCAAAAAGAAAAAUCUGGACUCUGUGCCAUUUCAGGUUCAAAUCACAUAUACCCGCCCUGAUGGAAUGCAGUGCCUGCGAAUACUCAGCAAAAGAAGUGAAGCAACCAGCAGCAGACAACAAAUGGAAGAGUAUAUCAAUGUAUCAGUCCUGGGUGUCUCCACUAUGAAAACUACGGCCAAGCUUGCUGGGAGUGGAGAAGGGAGAAAAGCCCAGAAUAUGUUGAAAAAUGUAAAGCGCAUGGUUAAUCGUGGUGCCAAAACUUUGGAGCAGUGUGAGGAGAGAUUAGCCUUCAAGAGUGAAAGCAGUGCUUGGGAUGUGCAGCUGACUGAAAACAAUGAAGUCUAUUGUGGUCCUGGCCUUGAUGACAUACAUACAGGUUUGGCCCAGAGAAGUUUAGCUACAGUCAUGAGUAAACACGUUGCUGCGGGGAAGAAAAAGGAUCUGAUAGCCAAGAGAAAAAUGCCUGAAAAGUGCAGGGACGCAUUUUAUCGUUAUAAAGAAGAUUAUUAAGGUGUCCAAAGUAAUGCUCAAUUCUUAACAGAUCAAGAAGAGCAUCUGUUUUGAUUCUUACGACAAGAUUGGAAAGUUGUAUUUAAAAAGAUAAUGUUGUUGUGCACGUUGAAAGAAAAAAAAUGAAGUGCUAUGUUUUGUUUUGAAAGUUGAUCUUUUUUACUGUGAUGUUGUUGAGAAAAUUGUUCCUCAUAUCUGACGGUUGCUGUGAAAGAUAUUCGAAUGUGAUCUAUCCUGUAAUGAUGAUAUUAAUUCCCCUGCAGUACAGGUUGCUUUUUCUUUCCAGUUCAUAUCAUGACACUAUGUUUAUGUGAUUUUAUUUUUUUACAUAAAUGUUAAGUCAUAAAUAUUAAAAUUUAUUACAGUGUUCUAAAAAAUCCUGCACUUUUGAUCAAUUUCACAUACAUACGUUCUCAUGAAAUUUGCAAAAAUUGUCAGACUUUCUUUCUAUUUAAAUUGUUUUAUGUCCCACAAAGAAUUAUUGUUCAUUAAAAAAUUAGACGUUGUUUACUGUUAUAGGUUUCAGGAAUGUGGUAUAUUAUGUGUUAGUUUUGUUCUCUGUUUUUUUAAAGAGGAUUGUCUGUGUCUCUGACUCUGCAAGAUUAGAUUAGGUCUGACAGUCACAGAAGCCAUUGCAAAUAACAAGAAGAAAGGAUUCUGCGAAAAAAAAGAAACCCAAAACAAAUUGACUUCUAAAGCAAUAACAGAAAAACAUGCUUCAGUCUGAGUUGUACCAUUGGUUAUUUAUUGUCUUUUCCCCUGUCACUAUAAAAUUGUUUUCACCUGACAUCAAAAUACAUAUGUGGUAACUGAGUUAUUCAUAUUUUAUCGAACACUCUUUCUUGAUUGAAAGGAAUAACAAUCAGAGAGUCCCUUAGGUACUGUUGUUACCACCGAGGUCAGAAUGAAAUGUCCUUACUGCCCUGCACCCACAGUUUUAUUUCCUUGAGUUAUUUUCCUUGAAUGAAGCUCAUUGUGGUAAUUAACAGAUGGUGAAAUACCUGACUUGGACAAACUAGCAUGUUUUCUACAAAUUAGAUUGAAGGAGAUGGAAUAGAUACCAAAUUAGAGAAAUCAUAGCCACACUGUAACCAGAUUCAGAGACCUCAAAUGAGUAUACACUUUACUGUAGGAAUAUAAAAAUGUAAAUUGAUGCGUUUCCUACAGUUUUGCUUUUAUAGUGAUAUAUAUGUAUGUUUAUUUUAAUCAGUGUAGUUUAACCACUAUUUUGAAUGUAUUUUUUAAUUUCUGUGUUCACAUUCACAUUCCAGUUCAAACUGAACGAGAUGGAAUAGAUGCUAAUUAGAGAAAUCAUAGCCACACUGUAACCAGAUUCAGAGACCUCAAAUGAGUAUACACUUUACUGUCUGUAGGAAUACAAAAAUGUAAAUUUAAUGUGACUGUACAGUUUUGCUCAAGGAAGUGGUAAGGAGAACAAGACAGAGCCCAGUCAGAGAUGAGGUUCGGAAGAAGGCAGUGGCGACAGAUUGGACACACUCUCAGGAAGUUGGGCAGCUUCAUAACAAGGAAAGUGUUGGAUUGGAACCCACAGGGUAAAAGUUCAAGGGGAAGACCAUGUGGAACCUGAAGAAGAGUCACCAAAAUCGAUGUUCAGAAAAGUGGGAAAACAUAUAAUAACAUCCAUAGGCUAGCCAGGGAUAGGGACAGAUGGAAAGUGUUUGUUUGUGGCCUAUACCCUGACCCAGGGUGAGAAAGGCAUUGAUGAUGAUGAUUACAGUUUUUGCUGUUAUUGUAAUACAUGUAUUUUAUAUUUUUUAUACAGUAUUUUAUACAGUGUAGUUUAAACACUAUUUUGAAUGCAUUUUUUUUUGUUUCUGUGUUCAUAUUUUUACAUUCCAGUUCAAAGUUCCCAAGGUCUAAGUCUGUAUGAGCUUGCCGAACCAUCAGCUUGAAGUUCAAAUUGAAUACUGUGUUCUACUUAAGAUUGAAUAUAUAGGUAUUGUCAAAUCUCUGAUCUACUACAAAGUCAGAAAGAUGUUUUGCAAAACUGAAUUUCAUUUUCCAAGGAAAUUGUGGAAAACAGUCAGGAAAAGACAGUUGCAGUUACUUGGACACUUGGAAAGAUGUAAAGGCCUUAAACAUCUGGCUCUCACUGGCAAAAUUGAAGCUAAUGAGGAAGGGCUUGACUCAGAGCAACCCACCUGGAGAGCAUAAAUUAUAGAUAGGGGAUGGGGGAAAGAUCAGGGUAAUGUAGCUUUUUUGAGAGCAUCCGAACAAAUGAAAGAAUAGUGAACCAUGACAUGAUCGUCGAUGUCUGUCACAGAUCUGGCAUUUGAUGAUGAUUGUGAAAUUAUGGAGACUUGCUAAAGGACUGUUUUGCCUUUGAUGAAUACCUUUACUUUAUUACUGGUAUGUACCAUGAUAACAUUAUUGGGUAUAUAAUUGAUAUUCUUUUUGCCACGUGCGGACAAGGAACAGAUAUUCUUAAAAAAUUUUUUUUUCUGUUUUCUUUAAAUUUUUGGAAUAAAAUUAAUUGAUGAAAAAAGUC